UGUGCUGGGGCCUGGACAUUUGGCGUCGCGACUGGAAGUUUCAUGUGGAAACUCAGGAGCGCCAUGCCACAAAUCGUCCCCCCCUUUGUCCACAAGUGAUCUUCAGUGGCACCGCCGUCUCCAUGUUUGUGGGAAAAACAGGAGCGCCAGCGCUAAGUCCUCCAAGAUCACUGACUGCACACACACACGCACCAGUCCACCAUUUGAUGUGCCUGUCCUUUAGCGCCAUGGGUGUGCGCAAGGGUGCAGCUCAUGUGAUGUUCCAGCUGAACAUCAUGCUUUUGGACGUCUCUUAUACUCUGAUCUUCAGAGUUAGGAGCGUGUUGAAAUUGCUCUCUUGGAGACCAUUCAUUGGAAACUCCUUGAUAGAAGCAGUUCGACACGUCCGACAUGGAAAAAAGGGUGGGGAGAAUGUGCGCCGCGCCAAGAGCCAAGAAGGGCCAAGAGCGGACAGUCGCCACGGAACUGACCCACAGAGGCGGUCUUUCCUCAGCGCAAGAAGCUUGGACGAAAGAAGGAGCGGUCGCAGCGCUGGAUCCAACAUCAGCCGCACCGUGGAGGCCUUUCCGUUUUUCUCGCCCGUGGCGGCAGCUGGAGAGAUUGCUUUUUGCAGUUUCAAGGCCAGUUGUCGUCGGUCGUGUGGGGGAGUGAUGGAGCUCGAAGGCAAGGUGAAUUGUUGCUUUGUGGGAAAUCAAGACCGCUGCCUUGACGCGGAUCCGGAGGCCUGCCUACUUUCCUCGGCCUCCCGAUAUCAAGCGCCAAUCAUCCUGUUGUAUUGUUGUGUUUUUGUUGCGCGACAAACAUCAAGAUUGCGGCAAGCUCUUGUUUUUCAAGUGCACUGGGGCCUGGACAUGCGGCGUCGCGACUGGAAGUUUCACGUGGAAACUCAGGAGCGCCAUGCCGCAAUUCGUCCCCUCCAGUUAAGAAGUGAUCUUUAG